UAUUGAUGCUGCCAUUUUAGGUGCACAGUCACGUGCAUCCAAUCACGUAGAAUCCACAAAUGUCCAAACUCUCUACUUCUAGGGACUCUAGAGAAUUUGGCGGAUUGGUGUUUCAGAAACCUGGCAAUCCUGUCUAUAACGCAGGUUAACGCAGGAAACGUAAAACUGCGAGGGAAGAAACCUUGAAGUCAACAGUAGAAGAAUCAAAGAGGUUAAAUUACAGUAUCUUUAAUUGUUGAUAUUAAAAACGGUAUUUUACUCUUAUAGACAGCCAAGAAAGAAGAAGUUAAUGAAGAAUUUUAAAAGAUUAUCAUUUGAUGUUAGAUCAAGUAAUUAUUGAAAUCUAGAAGGUAACAAUAAGACAAUUUAGAUUAAGAAUCAACAACACAUGCACAUCAAUUGUUAGACAGGAUACCACAUUUAUUUUCUUAUUCUCUUCAUUAUAAUGUCAUACGUCGCAAUUAUUUAUUCUAAAUUUAAAAUAUCACUUUAGUAUCAAUUUUGUUUUUAAACAUAAUCAAAAAUAUCUAUCUUGCAAAUUAUACCAAAUGUAUCAAGGAUUAUAACAAAUAUGAUGGAAGAUCCUGCAAAAUGUGAAGAUACUGAAUCUAGCAGUACAAUUCCUGUGUGUUCUCAAGUGAAUCAAACAUGUACCGAUACAAAAUCUUCAAUAGACAAUAAGAAUACACAGGUUCGUGUUAUUCGGGGUACGAAGAAAUUCAAAACUGAUAAUGAUCUUGGCAAUGUUGAAAAAAAGGAUGCGAAAGAGGAAGAAACAGCAGAAGUUAAAGUAAAAUCUCUCAAACGUUCCUGUGAAUUGUGGUCUAUGGAAGAUAAAAAUACUUUCUUUAAAGCGCUCAAUGAGUAUGGUAAAGAUUUUGAUGCGCUGCAAAACUAUUUUCUGAGUCAAGGCAAGAAGCGAGGACUCUCUGAUGUUAUGAUAAAAAAUAAGGAGCAAAUUCGACAUUUUUAUUACAGAACAUGGCUGAAGAUAUCAAAACUACUUAAAUUUUCAGAUGAUGUCAAAAAAACAACCCAGGAAUUAUAUGGAUUAAUAAAUUAUGGUGAAUUAAGAAGAAAAUUACCUCGUAUUCAUGAGAAAGUUCAGUUAAGGUUGAAUGAAUUGGUAUAUUGGGGAUCUACACAAGUCAGACUUAGAGGAAAAACUAUGAGAAUUAAAACGCCAAUAUGUAGAGCACUUAGAAAGUUAAAUCAGUUAGAAGAUUGGCAGGAAGAAAUUAAAUUACCAUCUAGAAUAACAAUAGAACUGCGACCGCGUAACAACAUGGCUUGGUGGCAAGUACAAGCAGCAUCCAUGAAUCCGAGAGUUCGCACGCUACUUCCCAUACAGAGACGCCUCUCAAGUUUAUUAAUAUUUUUACAACAGCGAUGGCGACUUGCGAAAUAUACUACGUGCUCCACUAUAGAAAAUCUUGUUAUUAACGACGUAAAAGAAACUUGUUUAUUACGAGUUGCUCCACCAGAAGGAUGUAAAAUUGCUUUACCGAUGGUCAAUCUUGGAGAAUAUCUUACCAGUAAUAGCGUCAGCUUGAAUUCAUAUGAAAAGCGUCUUGGCCUAAAAAGUUCAAAGGAAGAUUUGUUGGGAUCCGUUCAAUAUUUAAAAGGAGUAGGAAAAAAAGGCAUUAAACGAUAUAAAUCGGAUAAAAAGAUCUCAAAUCGUACUGAUGAGAAUUGUACGUUACCGGAUAUCAGUAGCGAUGUGGACCUUUUGGAAACGGGAAGCAAUAUAUAUGAAAAACCUGCAAUUAUAAAUAAUACAGAGAAAUCAUCAUUGGAACAUCAUUCAGAACCUAAUAGAUUUCCAGGUAGAGAAACUAUCGAGAGAAUUCGAAAGGGUUGGAAUGUUGAAGAAGCGAAUACGAUUACUGUGGGCGAUCUCUUUUUAAUGUUUGGCCGUGAAUCAAAGAUUAUACUUGAAUACUGGUGGGAUUGGGUGCCUAAUGAACAAUACACGACUGAAUCGACGUCAUCGAGUAUUAUGCGUGACAAUAGUCUAUGUUUGGUUUUACAAAAGUUAUUGUCAUUAGCAAAACACAAUUAUGGCACAAACAAAGUAUAUGAUAACACAUCGGGAAGUAGUGAAACAGUAAUCUCAUCUCGAGUCCCGUCUAUUAAGGAAUCUACAUUCAGAAGACCUCUUAUCCCACAAACGUAUCAUAAGAUUGGUACAGCUGACGCAUUUAAGACACAACUUGAUAAAUUUAAAACACGGUUUUGUAAACGAGGUAGAACAGUGAGACAGAAAAGUCUCGUUAUACAAAGAGUAUUACCUAUUGUAUCUGCACCGAAUAUGCCAUCAGAAAAUUUGACAACCGACGCUAGUAAAAUCGCCAGUGGAUCUUCAUUAUGUCAAAUGCAAACUGAUGAGACACCGGUAAAUACAAACGAAACUCAGAACAAAUCUUUCUUGGACGCUUUAGAGACGAGUGGAGAAGCAAAGAAUUCCAAUUCAAUUAUUACCAGUGCUACCCAAAUUCUUAAAGAAGGUGAACAUCAAUGGUUAAAUAGUGAGGUUGCAGAUUUUUCAUUGAGCAGUUUCUUAGGACAACUUGAAUCACCUAUGAAAGGCUCGCAAAGAAGUCAAACGGGCGAACAAAUUAUAGAAGAUACUCGUCCUUCUUCCGAUGUUGUAUCACACAUGCAAUGUCUUAUGGGAGAAAACAGUGUGGACUACAUGGCGAAAUUUGUAAAUCUCGCAUCGCAAAUGGCUUCCGAUGAAAAUAAAAAAUAGAGAUGCAUACAAUGUAUAUCAUAAUUAACAACAAAUUUAAAAUUGAAAUACGGUGCAACUAUAAAUACGCAAAAUGAUAGAUAAAUGAAUAGUAUAAUAGUAUUGCAUCUAUUAUAUUUUACAUUAGUUUCUUUUCCUGAAGAGAAACCAUUAUACAGGGUGUCCGAAAAGUCCGAAAAGUCCCUAAACUAUUUUGAAAACUAAGCACUUUUGAAAAAAAUGUCUCAGACAAAAGUUGAAGAGUUUAAAAAGAUCUGUUUACUAAUUCAGUUUGACCUUAGAUUGCGUCGCCAAGAUUAGGUCAAGGUUAUAUCAAUUUUUUUAAUAAAACACCCUAUUUCUGAUUCUAGACUCUAAUAGCUAAUGCCAAGGGCUUUUCGAAACACUAUAAGGAAGUUUAUUUUUAUUAAAGUUUAUUUUUAUUAACUUUCCGAAUUAUCAAGUUUGAAAGUUAGAGAAUCACUACCAUAAGCAUAUAAUCAUAAAAGAUGUUAUGCAAGUGAUUGGUAAGGUAAAAAGGGGGGACGUACCCCCACCUGAUUAAUAGGACAAACAACCAAUCACAGUUAACUUAAUGAGCGAUUAGUACUAUUGAUGCAUCCAAACUAGGCUGAAAACCAGAUAAGCUAAAGAUUUCUCCUGUUAGACUUAUUCAGUUGCUACACAUCUUUCUGAAACCUGCGAGUUAAAAAUACUUACUGAGUAAGAGUGUAUAUCUCUUUUGUCUUGUCUUAUAUACAAGUAACAGAACUUUUCAACCAAACUUGUAGAAAUGAAUACAAUGGUAUAAAUCGACUGUUAUUCGUAGUAUAUAACGUUUUGAAAAAGAUCAAGUGAAACAAGGUAAACCUAUAAUAGCAACAAAUUAUGAUAAAACAUUAGCUUUGUUGCAGUCUUUUGUUGAAUAUCCGCAUAAUUCAAUUCGCAAAGUUGCACAACAACAUGACGUCGCUUGUAUGUCGGUUCAUAAAAUUCUAAAAAAUAAAUUCCAUUCAUAUAAGAUCAGUCUAGCACAAGAACAUGUGGAAACGAUUUUGACCGUCGCAUGGAAUUUUGCAAAAGGAUACCGUUAAAUAUCGAUAGAAAUCUUCUAUUUGUACUUGACGUUGUUUUUCAAAUAAAGCUAUUUUUAUGCUUUAAUUGGGAAUGUAUUGGCGCCAUCCAAGAUUAAACUGAUAUCAGUAAAUAGAUUUUUUUAAAUCCUACAACUUUUAUCUGACUUUUUUUCAAAAAUGCUUAAUUUUCAGGAUAAUUUACGAGUCCGAGACUUUUCGAACACUCUGUAUAUUAUCCCAGCAGUCAGAAUUAUCGAUAUGCAUCAUUAUUGAAAAAAAAAUGGCUUUUAUAACCAUUUUAUAUUGUUAAACAAAAGAUCUUAUAGGUCAUAGCUACUAGCUAGAUUUUUAUGUUGAUAUUUAUUGUAUAAUUCUAUAUACCUUUUCAAGUUUAUGAAAUUGCGCGCCGAAUAACUUUUUGAUCUUAAAACAGUUCUAAGUUUAAUAAGAAUUAGUCAUAUCACAAUAUUAAAUUGAAAAUCUAGCUAUGACCUAUAAGGUCUUUCGUUUAAUGUGAUAUUUUCACAUACGAGUCUAUAUUUAUUUUUAUUUUAUAUCAAUUUAUCAAUGUUUCUUAUCUAUUUAUAUCAGUAUUAUCUCUUGAUCUUAACAAUUAUAUUGUUUAAAAAAAAAUGGCUAUUUCUUGAGCACAAAAAUGAGAGUAAUCGGUACUCGCGUACGCGCAGCAUUUUGGACGUUGAAUAUAAUUCUGCUUCCGAAAUUGUUUUAUGAUGUCACAAUUUUAAGAAAUUAUAAUUAAGCUUGUAUAUUAUAUUGUAAUAUUUUUUGUGCUAAUAAAUUACAGUUGUUUUUUAACUAUUAUUUUUAUGAUGAGUAGAUUAGUAGAAACAAAGAAAUAUUUUUAGUGAGAAAAAGUUUGAUUAAAAAUAGAAUACUAAACAGGUUAAUACAAAUGAAAUGGCCAUUUUCAGUAUUUUGAACUUCCCAUCCCUAUAGAUCACCUUUCUUCAUGGCGGAUACCAUGUUUUUCUUUCAUACAGAGGACGGGAUAUGUACAUAUACAUUGUGUAAAAAGUAUAUGAUCUACAUGUAAUUUAUUGCAUACAAUCUUAUUUAUAUAUUGUACUGUUAAUCAUAAAAGUUUGCAUUAACGCCGGGAUGGAAAAGAAAGAAAUUCGUAUAAUUUACUUGUACGAGUUCAAAUUUGGUCAUACUGUAGCCGAGGCAACGCGUAACAUUAAUACUGCAUUUGAUGACGAUAUUGUAAAUGAAAGAACGACGAGGCGUUGAUUUGAAAAAUUUUGUUCUGGGGACACAAACCUUGACAAUUUGCCUCGCGGACAUGCACUUUCCGUUAUUGAUGACGUUAUUUUGAAGGAGAUGGUUGAAACAGAUCCGAUCUUAACAGUUUGAGAGAUUAUCAAAAACUCGAAAAUUAUUAAACAAGUUGAAAAAAGUAAAAAGGUUAGAUAAAUGAGUCUCCCAUGAAAUUAUACAGAGAGAGACAAAUUGAGACGUUUGGAGAUCUGCACUCUUUGCAAUUCCGAUAGAAAACAGAUGGAAUUUUACACAGGAUUGUGUCUUGUGAUGAAAAAUGAAUUUUGUACGACAACCGACGUUCUGCGCAAUAGCUAGAUGUGAAUGAGGUACCAAAACACAUUCCAAAACCGAAUCUUCACCACAAGAAAAUCAUGGUGUCUGUAUGGUGGUCUAGCAAAGGUAUUGUUCACUAUUCUUCUACCAAACGAGGUGAGGCUAUAAAUUCUGAUAAAUACUGUCAGGAAAUUGCCAUCAUGCACCAAAAACUGCACGCAACAGCCAGCAUUGGUCAACAGACAUGGUGUGUUGCUGUUGCACGAUAACGUUAGACUACACAUUGCAAAACAAACAAACAAAAAAUUGCCAAGUUGAACAUUGAAGUUCUCUCUCACCCUCCUUAUUCUCCACAUUUCACCAACAGAUUAUCAUCUUUUCAAGCAUCUGGAUGCGUUUUUGGCGGACAAAAAAUUUCAAUGAAGAAGGAAGUAUGAAAAAUGCAUUUAAAGAGUUUAUCGAUUCACGCUCUCCAGAUUUUUUUGGAAAAAGCAUUAAUGCACUUGAAUUACGUUAGCAAAAGUGUAUUGAAGUAGAUAGAGACUAUUUUGAUUAAUUAUGUAAAUUUGAAAUUUGAAAAAUACAUGUUUUAACUUUAUAUUUA